AUGUGCCGUGUUUGCAACCAUGCAGAAGGGGUAAUUAAACCCGAUAUUGUGUUCUUUGGUGAAGACCUCUCCGAAGAGUUCCACACAAGGAUGGCCGAGGACAGGAGUAAGGUCGACUUAUUUGUGGUUAUUGGUUCAUCAUUGAAAGUGCAGCCUGUUGCGCGCAUACCGUACAGUAUUUCUUCUGACGUGCCACAAAUACUCAUAAAUCGUGAAUCGCUACCAAACUACACACCAGACAUUGAGUUAUUGGGAAAUUGUGAUGAUAUCGUGGCGCAACUAGCUCUGGCUUUAGGGCCUUCAUACACCAAUAUUUUUAACAAAGGUUUGAAUUUCCAGUUAUUCUUUUUUGCAGUGUAG